AUGGCUGCCUCACGUACUCAGCGCUGCGUCUUGCUCCUCGCGAGCCUCGUCGCGUGCAGCGCCGUCAAGGAGCUCAGCACGGGCUUCGACUUCCCGCGCAAGCACAAGCUCGGCGCGCUGCGGAGCCUCGGCGUGCGCAAGAAGGGCCCCAUCAAGGUCUACGCCGUGGGCAUGUACGAGGACAUGUUCAAGGCGCCGGGCUUCGUGCUCAAGAUGAGCAUGGGCGUCGGCGCCGAGAAGAUGACCAACGCGCUCGUCGACGCCAUCAAGCCGCGCUGCAGCGACGCGCCGGCGCUCGACAAGUUCUCGGAGCUCAUGCUCACCGGGUUGCCCGACGGCUGCAAGAAGAACAUGGAGCUCUGCUUCGGCACCUCCGGCGGGAAGCUCGCGCUGUCCGUCGGCGGCAAGGCCGUCGGCAGCGUCGCGUCCAAGCCCCUCGCCAAGGCCUUCGCCGGCGUCUACUGCGACAGGAACGCCGAUGUGGCAAACCAAAUCAAGCCGAAGCUCAAACUCACCACGAGUGUUGGCUGCCGCCAAGCAGAAACACUAAACCGGAGGAUCCGGUCGGGGAGCGGGGCCGGCAUGGUCGGGAGCCGGCGCGGCGUGCACCGCUUCGAGGGCCUGACGCAGCGGCGCGGCGCGAGCACGUGCUACCUGCAGCAGCUCCCGGAGCACGUCUUCGCCCAGAACAUAUGCCGCAAUCUCAACGCCUGGGGCUUCGCGUCGUGCGGCACGUGCUGCACGUGGCUCAAGGAGGCGGUGCUCGACGACGACGACGCCUGGGCGCGGCGCCUGCGCGCGUCGGACACGCUGCUCCAGCGCUACAGCCCGUCGGCGAUCGCGGUCGAGUUCGUCGACUGCCGCGUACGAAGCAGCCAGCUCUGGGCCCAGGUCUACGACGACGGCGGGGCGCUCUGCGCCGGCGACACGCAGCGCGAGGCGUCGAGCCGCGUCGAGGCGAGCCGCUUCGCCCGCGUCGUCGCGCUCACGGCGUCGCUCCACGACGUCGAGGCCGCCGGCGACGAGGGCGACCUCGGCGUGCUCUACGGCGUCGCCUGCGGCCUGGCGUCGCUGGCGGCGCCCUGGGAGCUCGCGGCCCUGAUCGACGACGACGCGAGGCCCCUGGCGCGCGCCGCGGCGCUCUUCGGCGCGUUCCUCCGGUGCGUCGACCGGACGCUGAGCCCCAUCGAGGCCAUGGCGCCCCUCGGCGACGAGGCGCUCGUCGCCGCGGCGACGCGCGCCGCGGCGACGUCCUGCACCUACCGCGCCAAGGUCUGGGGCCUGGGCGGGCUCCAGCUCUACCGGCUCCGCGACUCCGUGCACUCGGCGCGCGAGACGUCGUCGCUCCUCGCGCGCGGCGUCCUCUACCACAUCGGCGACGCGGCCCGGCGCGCGGCCGUCGACGCGAGCCUCGACGCGUCCCAGCGCGCCGUCGCCUUCCUCUGCUUCGUCAAGGCCAACGUCGGCCGGCCGCGCCCCUCGGGCAUCAAGCGGCCCGUCCUCAUCGUCUCCGACCCGGAGUAGCGGCCGGGCGUGUUUGCACAGACUCCUCCCCCUUCUGAACAUUAAUCGCGCGUAUACAUAUC